GCAGCCCGGGCUGGGGACUCGCCUCCUCGGCGCUCCGCGGGCUGGGGCUGGGAGCGGGAUGCCGCCCGCGGAGCGGGAGAAAGGGCGGCGCAGCGGCUCCCUGGCCCGGCUGCUGCCUCAGCGCGGGGCCAGGGCAGGGACGGGCGGCAGCCGGCCGCAGCCCCGCCUCGCAGCCACGGGCCGGCGCUCGUGCCGGGUGCCCAAGUGCGCGCGCUGCAGGAACCACGGCGUGGUGUCCGGCCUGAAGGGCCACAAGCGGCUGUGCCGGUGGCGGGACUGCGCGUGCGCCGGCUGCCGCCUGGUGCUGGAGCGGCAGCGCGUGACGGCCGCGCAGGUGGCUCUGCGGAGGCAGCAGCGCGCCGGCCAGGUUAAGAAAGAUGAAGAUGAACAUUCUCUGCUAUCAACCAGUUGCAGAUUAAACUAUCAGCACUAUCCCAAGAAUACCAGCACCUGGGCCAAAAGCAUACUGGCAGGGUAUAAACCUCCUUCACAGGAAAGCCAACUCCUCUUUUCUAACCUGAGUGAGAGAAUGAGGAAACGAAGAACAUUUGCAGAUAAAGAGCUGGAAUGCAUAAUGCUGGAGAGAGAACUUAGGCAGAGAGAACUAAAGGAAUUAGCUGUAGCUCAAAGUCUACAAAGACCAAAUGAAGACUUUUUACCAAGCACAGAAACAAACCCAUUUAGGAUUGGACACAGCCAGCUUUGUGACUCAACAUAUUUUAACCACAAUUUGAUAAAAGUUUGGUUUCCUUUGAUACAUUCAAGCACACUUUAUCAGACUAGAGAUUUUUUCCUGCCAAAUGUAACUACUUUUACAUCAGACCAAAUUGAAAGCAACCUUUUACAGAAAUAUACCUUUACUAAGAAUGCAGAAAAAUAUGCACAAGUGUGUAAGGAGCUGGUUCAGGCCAAUAUUUUAUCCAAAGAACUUGGCUCCUUUCAGAGUGAUCUGGGAUUGAAGGCAACAAAAACACAAGCAAGUUUUGAAAAAGUUAAACAUUUUGUAUCCAACCAAAAGCAGGACAUUGGCUCAGAAGGUUUUAUCUUACAAAAUGAUCCUUCCAUACCAGAAAAGCAGCAUGUGAGCCAACAUGUGAAAAAUAAGUGUUCUCUGGCAAAGGAGAACCUCAGACACUUAGCUAGAGUAUCCCAAGAAUGCUAUUCAGAAAUGAAAAUUAAAAAUCAGAGCUUGUCAUUUUCAGUGGAAUCCUUGUUAAAAGUCUAAACAGGUAUUUAGGGCCCAGUUCUACUACUUUGGAAUUCAAUGACAAAAUCUUACUGACUCAGUGUAUCAACUGUGUGCCUGAUUCUCUAACCCUUUCUGAUAUGGGUAUGCCCACUGACUUGAGUCUGAUCAUCGUGCUCCCCAUGAAGUCAAUGCAAAACAUCCAGUCUUUAGUGGGAGUAGGUUCAUGCGCCCAAAUGGGACUACUUGAGUGAGUAGCAAGGUCAGGCUCAGUGUUGAAGAUAGUGUUUUUCUUAACUCGCAGUCAGCACUCUGAAAGUACUCUAUGUAGUAUUAUUUUAAUAGUCUGUUAUUCUAACAAUGUAUGUUGUCUGUAUAUAAAAUAGUUGUAGUUUUAAUUUCUUUAUUUAAAAUACUAUCAAAUAUAUAGAACUACUGUAGAUUUUAUAACUUAAACUAACCAUGUAUUUGGGGAUGGUGGGUGAUAUUUUGGUAUUUUUUUAAAUUUACUUGUUAGUGCAUGUAUUAAAUUGCAAGACAAUGUAAAUGGGUGUGUUUGCAUACUAAAUAAAAGUGAUAAGAUGUCAUUUUGUGGAAACGGAAAGCCAGUUUAUUUGAAUAAAAUGGGCUUAAUUUGUUGA